GUGAGCGGAGGUUUACGUAAACGACCACGUGUUCAGUGUGACGUGUGACGUGUUCAGCGUGACGUGUGACCGGCUGGCUGCAGGCUGAAGGAGGUCGUGUGGAGUGAAGAUGUUGGGGUUCAGGUGCAUUGUGGGAGGAAGAGUCCUGAGAGGUCUUAGUGUCCCUCAGAGACUCCUCCUCCUCCCUCCUCCUGGUCCUCCUCAGCGGACCCCCCGGUGCCUCCUGUCCGGUGGCCCCGGCUCCUCCUCGGGCCCGGCCCUGAGGACCCGUGUGGCGGGGGUGCUGCUGCUGGGCGGCGGGCUGCUGGCGGCCUGGUGGUGGGUGGACUCGGAGAAGCAGCAGCGUCUGCGGCGGCAGCGGGUGGAGCAGCUGCGGCAGGUCUCUCUGGGUCAGGGGGUCUUCAGCCUGCUGGACCACCGGGGCCAGCGCCGGACCAAGGCGGACUUCCUGGGCCGCUGGGUGCUGCUGUACUUCGGCUUCACGCACUGUCCCGACAUCUGUCCCGAGGAGCUGGACAAGCUGAGCGCCGUGGUGUCGGCUCUGGACCGGGACGAGGCGCUGCCGCCGGUCCAGCCCGUCUUCAUCACCGUGGACCCGGAGAGGGACGACGUGCCGGCGCUGGCCCGCUACGUCAAGGACUUCCACCCCCGACUGAUCGGACUGACGGGGACGCCGGAGGAGGUGAAGCACGCGGGGCGGGACUACAGGGUGUACGCCAGCGCCGGGCCCAAGGACGAGGACGGGGACUACAUCGUGGACCACACGAUCCUGAUCUACCUGAUCAGUCCGGACGGGCUGUUUCUGGACUAUUACAACCGCAUGAAGAACCAGGACCAGAUCACCCAGAGUGUCCGGAACCACAUCAAGAACUACGACCCGCUGGACCCAGAACGUUAGAGUCCAGAACCAGUUCUUCCUGCUCACUACCAGUCCUCGAUAUGAAUCAUGAAAGAGAUAUAAAUUGUGAGAAAAGACAAACUCAGAAACAAACUUGUCAAACCCGUUUCUCCAGUUCUGGUUUUCCGUCUCUGUGAACAUUCUUGUGUUUUGAACUGUUGGUUGAACAAACUUAUUAAAUGCUAUUUUGUUUUUAAAUACAUGAUUAUCAUCUUUAUCCUGUUGAUCUGUGUGUGUUUUCUAAAGGUCACUUCAAUCUGACCUUCAGUAGUUUUGUCAUUUUGUCUCCAGCUGUGAAUCUUAAAACCUCCUGAAAUAUUAUAAUAAAGAUGAUAAUUCAGAAAUAGAAAGGGAGAAAUAAUUCAAAGAUAAUAAAUAAACUAAAUAAAGGGAGAGUUAAAUA